CGUGUUGUUGCGGAAGUGCUCAGGAGAACUGCACUGCCGCUGUUUCUGUACUCUGCACUGACAACUGGACAGACACUGUUAACGGCGGACAAAUCUAGCUUGUUGUAAAUUUAUAUAACUAUCUUUUACCCGAAAAAAACUUAAGCCAUGGCAGCUUUGAAAUACGCAGGUAUGGACGAUACAGACAGUGAGGAUGAGUUACCUCCUGGAUGGGAAGAGAGAUCUACUAAGGAUGGAUGGGUCUACUAUGCAAACCAUGAUGAGAUGAAGACACAAUGGGAACAUCCCAAGACGGGAAAGAAAAAACGCUGUGCUGGAGAUUUGCCAUACGGUUGGGAGCAAGAGACUGAUGAAAAAGGCCAGAUGAUUUAUGUUGACCACAUUAACAAGCGAACGACGUACUUUGACCCACGUCAAGCAUUUACAGUGGAGGAUGUAAUAGUGAAGCCGAAACGGUAUGAUGGGAAUACCUCAGCUUUAGAGAUCCUACAAGGUCGUGACCUCUCUAACAAGGUUGUCCUCAUAACUGGGGGCAACUGUGGCAUUGGCUUUGAGACUGCCAGGUCUUUUGCUCUUCACGGCGCCCAUGUGAUCCUGGCUUGUCGAAACCUGUCCCGGGCCAGCAAGGCUGUGAGCCUCAUACAGCAGGAGUGGCACAAAGCAAAAGUAGAAGCAAUGAUGUGUGACCUCGCCUCUUUCCGCAGUGUGAGGGAGUUUGCUGAGUCUUUCAAGGCCAAGAAAUUGCCACUGCAUAUUCUGGUGUGUAAUGCUGCCGUGUUCACUCAGCCCUGGAGUUUAACAGAGGAUGGUCUGGAGUCCACUUUCCAGAUCUGCCAUCUAGGUCACUUCCUGCUUGUCCAGUGUUUACAGGAUGUGCUACGUCACUCUGCUCCCGCUCGUGUUGUGGUUGUAUCCUCCGAGUCCCACAGGUUCACAGACCUGUUAGACUCAUGUGGCAAGGUGGACUUGGCCCUUUUGUCUCCAUCAAAGAAAGACUACUGGUCCAUGCUUGCUUACAAUCGGGCCAAGCUCUGUAACAUUCUCUUCAGCAAUGAGCUCCACCGCCGCCUCUCGCACCACGGUGUCACCUGCAACGCAGUGCAUCCUGGGAACAUGAUGUACACUUCCAUUCAUCGGAGCUGGUGGCUGAUGACCUUUCUCUUCACACUGGCCAGACCUUUCACCAAAUCUAUGCAACAGGGGGCAGCCACAUCGGUGUACUGUGCUGUCGCUCCGGAGCUGGAGGGCUUGGGCGGCAUGUACUUCAAUAACUGCUUCCGCUGCCUGCCGUCCAAUCAGGCCCAGGACCACAGCAGCGCCGCAAGUCUGUGGGAGCUGAGCGAGCGCUUGGUUGCAGAGAGAUCAGCAGGCAUACAGGCCCUCUGAUGGACAAAGGGGGCGGCAAGGAGGAGGGGGACUUGCCAAACAGGAAUCAAAGAGGAAGAUGCUGGAUUAUGGUGAUGUCCGGUUCGGUAUGAACUAAAGGGUAAAAGGUAUUCUGCACUAUACAAGAGAGCUGCCAAACCAUGAAGUCCAUCUGGAUAUGUAAAACACACUACAUAUAUUUUCAUGUACAUUCUAUUGAAUAAAUCAAAGUCUGAGUUAUGUUUAGCACUGCUGUGGUAGUUUACAAUGGGAGGUGAGGGGACAAAAUGGGCGAAGAUCUGGGACAAAUUCAGGGAUCUCCUAUUGUCUAGUUUUUUUACUGUCUCUGCAGCUUUCUGUAACUCUCCGUUUCUUAAUUCUUCCCUUUUUCAGAACAGCAAUGUUCAAAAAAGCAAAUGAUUUGUCUUGCUAAUACACAUCUGCUUUCCGUAAUAGUGCACUAUAUGGCAAAUAUCUGUCUUCCCAAUUAAUGUCUGUAUAUUCAUUAACCUUUUGUCUAGUUCUACAUAGAUGUUGAUGUUUCCUAUUGAGAUACAGAGAGCGUUGGAUACUCAUUGUGCAAAAUCUUUUUGGGCACCGAAGAAAUAAGGAGUUAUGGACAUGUGACACUCAUGGAUAUAUAAACACACUAGAGGUAUGACUCUUAUGUCUAUAUACAUUAUUCUGCAAUAUUUUAUCUCUUAACAAUGACCCUAUUCCUUCUCUGUACAAUAUUUACAAAAUCCUGAUUCUGGCCAUGUGCUAAAGGGGUGUGGACAUCAUUUUUUAUUUGCUAUUUAACUCAACCUACGUGUUAAUAAUCUAUACUUUGAUAAAUGUAAAUUUUAGUUUGGAGGUAUUAGUGGGUAGAUUUGUCCAUUUAAUUAACAAGCUCAGAUGGUAGAGAAUCUUAUUUCCAGAGUUCAUUAUCUUUAAUUUCUGUGUUUCUUCGCUUGUUGUUUGACCAGAAGAACGUCAGUCUUCUGUUUUUUCUAUCCUUGUUUUAAUAUUUAAGUCUGACUUUGGGCUUGCUGUGGAUUUGUUGCCCUGAAGCUGCUGUUGGGACGCUUUUGAGACUUUGUGCUUUAUGGCAGUCUGGGUGCCGUAGGUUGUUCUUGAAACAUCAGCAUUCCGGUGUCACGAUAUCUGUUAAAAAAAAAAAAUAUAAAGACAGAGGGAAAAAAACAAAUGUGAGUGAAUAUUCAAUAAAUCUGUUUUACAGUAA